GAAUUAAAGAGCAGUAGCAGCCGGUUGAGAGAGAGAGGGAGAGAGAGAGAGAGAGAGAGAGAGAGGAUCAGAGAUGGGAAGGACCCCUCGCUCUUCAAAGGAUGGCUUAAACAAAGGAUCUUGGACUGCUUCUGAAGACAAAUUGCUCACCGAUUACGUUGCCAUGUAUGGUGAAGGGAAAUGGAGCAAUGUUUCCAAAAGAACAGGUUUGAAGAGAUGUGGAAAGGGCUGCAGGCUUCGGUGGUUGAAUUAUCUGAGACCUGAUAUAAAGAGAGGGAACAUCUCUGAUGACGAAGAACAACUCAUUAUCAGGCUUCACAAGCUGUUAGGCAACAGGUGGUCUCUGAUAGCAGGGAGACUACCAGGGCGAACAGAUAAUGAAAUAAAGAAUUAUUGGAAUAGCAAUUUAGCGAAGAGAGCACCAGACUUGCAACUUCCUCUCCCUGAACUUGACCAUCAAAAGAAACAACCAUUUCAACUCAUGAGUAUUCCCAGUUUCCAAUUACCGGAUGCGCAUCAAGAAAUUAGGGAAGAUGACGAGCACCAAAGUCUUGAAGCGGCUAAUGAAAGUGAAACGAGUGAUGAUCCAUCGGAGUUUUUAAUGGAUUUUAACGUGGAUGAUUUCUGUCAAAUGCUGGAAUCGGACUUCUCAAGCCCAAACGAUGAUCCUUCUGCUGCUGCUGCUGCUGUUAAUGGGAGGAGUAGUGAACAAGUAGCGUUUCCAGUUCAAUUUGAAGGGAACUGGGAUGCCGAUAAUAAUGUUAAUGGUUCCGAAUUUAUGUCAUUGGUUAACUUUCUUGAUUCAGAUGUGGAAUGGCCUAAAUAGUUACCCAAUUUAGCUGAUUAUUGCACCAAUUUUUUUAGGAUUCUUCCAUAUAUAGCCAGUUCAGAUAUUGCAUUUCACUUGUCGUUUUCAAUAAUAACAACUUACGACCGUCUGUCUCUCUUGUA